UGGGGCCACAUAACAUCGUUUUCAAUCCUCACAGUGAGUCGCACAUAUGGCUCAAGAAGGUAGUGAGGAAUACCUGUACAACAAUGUGGAGCGUCAGACGCGGUCCAACUUUGACGAAGAGGCCACGUACGGCAAGCACGCUGCCGUACAUCCUCAGUUUAAAUCGCCCUUCACCAGUCCAGUGCUGUUGGCGACUUUGUGGCAUUUCAAGCAUCAGCAGAAGGGAUGGUCAGGCCUCAAGCUUGCUGCCUAUAUUUUCUACGAACUCUACAGUGACAAGGGCGUUGUGCUGAAGAAGCAGGUGGAGGAUUACUUGGCCCUGAUUCCGCAUGCCAAGCAAGGUAAUGGCGGGAUUUACAAAAAUCUGGAGCAAUUGGUCAAAGUCAUGAAGGCGGAAGAGACAAGGCCUGUCUCGGCGGAGGUUGAUAAAAAGCUGAGCGGUCUUGCAGACAAAAUACAAACAGAACUGACUCGUAUCAACACCGGUACUAUCACAGUCAACGUUGAGGCGCAGCUAAAGAGAAUACUACAACCGUGA